AUGGCUUGUUCAAGGUUAGCGUUCUUGAUUCUAAUGGUGGUGCUCGUCGGAACCUCCGUGGCACAGUCACCUGCAUCAUCACCAGUAGCUUCCCCGUCUAAAUCGCCGGUAGCGACUCCAUCACCUGCAUCUUCUCCAACGUCACCAGUAUCUGCGCCUUCUCCAUUGAAGGCUCCAUCGGCAAAUGCACCUUCACCAGCUACUAUUACCUCUCCUCCUUCUCCUCCUCCGUCUUUGUCCUCUCCUGCUCCUGGUACAAGUGCUUUCCCUCCUUCCUCUAUAUCUGGCACACCAUCAGAAGCUCCUGCUCCAGCGGAAAACGGUGUCGGAUUAAAUAGAUUUACGAUUGCUGGUUCCCUGGCUGUCGUUGCAUUCACUGCCGUUAUGGUGUUGUAG